AUGCACAACCCCGAGCUCGACGCCGAGCGUAUCAACAUCUGGAACAAGUCGCUGUACGGUGCGAUUCGCAACCACUUUUUCAAGAACCUGCGUCUGUUGGCCAUUCUAACAGUAUUUAUGUGGUCGCUACUCUCCAUCACCUUGGGUUCUAAUCACAAGCGCGGCGAGCUGGGGUAUCUCCUGAACAUCGAGCUGGUCAAUCUAGACGAUGGCAACAUUGGCCAUGGACUAACCGAGGCGAUCAUGCAGAUGCCACGCGGGCACACUUCACCAACAUGGCGCGAGUAUGUCAAGAAGGACGGCUACGGUGCAGUUGUCAUCAACCCAGGGCUUAGCAGUCGUCUGAACAACGCGCUGCUGACUGGUGCCGCGUACAACGCCAGCGAGGCCAUGACGCUGGUUGUGCAGAGCGCGCAUUACCCUCUGGGCCAGCUCAUGUUUGUCCAGUUCACCACAAUGGAGGUAGCUGCACGCACAGGUGCCAUGUUUGCAGUCGAGCUUCUUCAGCAGUUCAAGCAGUCAUCCGAUGAUGAGGCAAAGGCAAAGGCAAACCCACAGGCACUUCUCAAUCCGAUUGGAUUCACGGUUGACAACGUCGCUUCAUACGCAUUUGACCUGGCACCAGUAAUGUCGCCACUGACUUUGCUGUUCUGCUUUGUUGGAGUCAUGGCGUCGAUGGUGUUCCUCAAGUUCGGCACGUACAUUACAUAUCAAAAGGCACGCCAGCGUGAUAUUUUUCUGGGCAAGGUGUUGGCGCUAACGAUUCUGUGUCUCCUGUACACGUUCCAGGGUGCCUUGGCUUAUGUGGCAUACAAGGGUCCAGAGUACAACUCGGCCCACAAGGCUCACAAGGUCACACCUGAGUUCAUUGCGCUGCCAUCAAUCUUCACUGUAAUUCCGAACCUGUGCUCCGGUAUCCAGGUUCCUGAGCUGUGUCCGACAUUCUUCAAGUGGUUCAAGGGCCUUCCGUACUACCACGGCUCUAUGCUUUCUCGCUACAUUAUGAGCGGUGCGCAUGAGCGGAUUGGCAUGAAUCUAGGCGUGCUGUUUGGCCUCGCAGUAUUUUCGCUGAUACUGCUCUUCUUUUCGACCAUGUGGCAGGAACAUCGCAUCUCCAUAGGCCAAGUCGACUCGAUGGGCUGGCAAGGUGCUGAGGAAAAGAAGACAAUUGACUUGGAGCAGUCUGUUGAGUCGGUUCCUACGACAAUUGACAACCGCCACCCUAGGUUUGAGAGCUCGCAGGAGCCACUCAGAGGACGCUCUAUGGCACAACGUGCACUUUCCGAUGAGUAUGAAAUUACUGAGGUCAGUAUGGCCAACGCUGCAGGUGCCGCAAUGUAG